UCCUUUCGUAUUUCACUCUAUGGUCAGAUGAUCUGAAUGAGCUUUCAUUUGUAUGCAUUUAUAAGACGAUAAGGUGAACACAAUGUACAUUUAUUUGAACAUUGAGUUUAGCUAAGGAGCAAUAUGAGACCAACAUACAAUGAAAUCAUAGGCAAAUGUUUUUAUUUAACCAGGUAAGAUGCUAUACAAUUCUAAAUAUGCCUUAUAAAACCGGCUAUAUUCCUAAUCUUAUGAGUCUCUAUGAAACAAGUUAAAAACAGUGGUCAUUCAAAUACUUUUGUAUUUAAUGACAAUUUACUUGAAUAAUAUUGAAAUAUAGUUUUGAUAGGUGAUGUGUGCUUGCUGUAUCUGGGUUUUGUGCAUAGAGUGUGUUCUAUAUGUAAUUAUAUGGUACUGUGUUCCUGAAAGAGAACUGAGCAGAGCAUGUCAGAACUAGAGUUCCAUGAUCGCCAUCAUCGAUGUGUUCCAUAAAUACUCUGGCCACAAGUGCAAGCUGAAGAAGGCAGAGCUCAAAGAUCUUAUCAAUAAUGAGAUGAGUCACUUCAUCAUCAAAAUACAAGAGAAUCAGACUCUGAAUGAGAUGUUUGCAGACCUGGACCAAAACAGAGACCUSGAGAUUGACUUCCAAAAGAUCAUCGUGUUGAUCGCCAUGGUGACAUCAGCAUGCCACGACCUCUUCAGCCCAGAUCACAACCAUUAGUGGCACAAUAUGGCGUUCCAUAAAUUCCAGGGUCCUCUUCCAGGCAUCUUCUUGGGCGGCAGCAUGGGGUGCCAGGUGCCCUCCCCAGAGAGUGAUCACUA